AUGUCCUCAAAAAGUAAUAUUGCCAAACGUGGCACUCCCCGGCGUCGCAAGAUUGCGUUGGCUUGUGAAGCCUGUCGAGAUAAGAAGGUACGGUGCGACGGAGAGAAACCGAUAUGUGGGCCCUGUGGUCGACGAUCCUACACGAUUGAUCAAUGUGUCUACAAAAUCGAGAAUGCACGUUCUGCAAGCAACGAUGCUUACCUCAAAGUCCUGCAUGACCGAAUCCGUGAGCUUGAGGAAACAUGCGCCCGUAACGGGGUUUCUGUUCCUCGAGCAUCAUCCCAUGAGAUCGAGGAAGGACAAAGCAGAGCGCCUAGUGCGUCUCGAGAGCUACAUCCAUCCUCUAAUGCACUAGAUACAGAGUCCAGGACUUCUGUCGCAGCAGAAGGGCUCCUUGGUUUGGGCUCGACAACACCCUUGGCCAGUUUCCGGCAGGCUUCAUUAGCAUCAAUUCUAUCACCACCAGGUCCACCUCUGCAGACGGCUAGAACUUCUAUGUACCCCAACCAAGGACAAAGAAGACAAUCUGAACAUGUUUUUGGGACUCCACGUGACAAUCCGACUUCCGGGAAUGUCUACCCAUCGCCAUCACUCAACUCACAUGGAAACGUUACCGCGAUGGGAGCAAUUUCAGCCGGCGACGAUGGGGAAUGCACUGAUUCUCCGCGAGAUCAAUAUUACGGAAACUCAUCGGUAGCUUCCUUCAUGCGACUUGCCGGGGACUCAAUUCCCAUACAGUCUUACUUGCAGGCACUGAAACGCAUGGAGGGUGAUACUCCAGGCACCUCUUACCGGGAUGCAGGACUGUGGCGUGAUAUCAACUUCCCGACUACCGGUCUUCAGUUUGAUGACUUCUCUCUACCCCCGCGGCCCCUCGCUGACCAUCUCCUUGAAUGCUACUGGAACCGAGUGUAUUGUUUGUACCCAAUUUUCCAUCGUCCAAGCUUCGAACAGGCAUAUGAGAACCUUUGGGGGUCCAGUAAAUGGCCGAAGCCAGAGUUGCCUGAACUCAACAUUGGACUUGGAGGAACUUUUGACUCCGGACAUCAGUCGAUCGUGUUUCACUGCGCACUCAACGCGAUCUUUAGUCUUGGGUGUCACUUCUCUGAUAUACCUGCCGCAGAGAGGGAGGCAGCCGCAUAUUCCUUCUUUCUUCGAUCCAAACGAUUUGUUGGACUUGAUCUUCUGGAUACUGGUACAAUCGGCGUUGUUCAAACUCUGUUGAUUAUUUCACUACUACUUCAAAGUACGCCGUAUCCAAAUCGUUGCUGGAAUGCGAUCGGUGUUGCUUGCCGCGUCGCACUAGGUCUGGGUUUGCAUGAAACCACGACACAAUCCUCGCUGAAGCCCCUGGAAAAGGAGAUUCGGCUUCGAACUUGGCAUGGAUGUGUAAUCAUGGAUAUGAUCGUGAGCAUGACUUUUGGUCGACCUAGUAUGACGUCCCACGUCUCGCCAGCACCUCUUCCUGUGAUGGCCCCCCAGUCCAAGUCGGACGAUCCAUGCGAGCUCAGUGGCCAAACUUGUGAUCAUCAACUUGGAUACGUGACAUUUUAUGUCUCCACAAUUGAGCUUUAUAAAAUUCUCGAAUCCAUUUUGUCGGAUAUUUACAACGCCUGGCAAAGUCACUCGGGUAUUUCCCGCCCCGCAUCACUUCGAGACUCAAAGCAGAGCAGUCUAGAUCUGAUCAUGGAGCUUGACGAUAAAUUAUCGUCAUAUGAAGCAAACGUUCCCGCUGUCCUAAAUUGGACAAACAGACAAACAUCACACCCUUCUACCGGUCAGCAAGGGCCGCUUUUCGAGCGCCAGCGCAAUGUUCUUCGUGCGAGAUUCAUCCAUCUUCGCCUUCUCUUAUACCGACCUAUGUUCACACAACUCUGCUCGGAUGAACGGACGGGUCUCACACGACAGACCGGACCAGAAGCCAACAAGAGCACCCCACGACCAGAGAAGAACGUGAUAUACUCUUCUAUGUCUGUGAACUGUGCGGCAGCCUGUGCAAAAGCUGCCAUGGAACUCGUUUCACUCGUUUACGAGACUUAUAGGACAUCACUCACGGAUGCGUGGUGGUACAAUGGCUUCUAUACAUCAACCGCUGGCUUUGUGCUGAUCAUGUCUUACACCUGUCGCUCGAUUCUCGAUCAGGUCGAUAUGCAUGCUGUCGAUACCGCGUGGCAGAGAUGCGAAGAGAUCCUUGCCAACAUGGCGUCUUUCAGCCUGUCUGCACGCAAUUCAUUGCAAUUUUUGCAGGUUACGCACCAGUAUAUCAUGCAAAACUACAAAGUGGCAUCGAGGAGUGAAGAUGUCCACGCAUUCGCAACCAGCCAAUCACAAAUACCGCAACGAAGUGUUCGCCAACAGGGCCCUUCCACUGCACACGCAGUCCCCAUGUCAGAGGAUUCGAGUUCCCAAGAUCCCGAAUCCAGUAGUGCCCCUACCAUCAACCCCUUCAUGAGUUGGGAUGAGAUGGGCAUGGGCCAGGAGGAGUUUGGGUUCCUCGGAAGAUUCGAUGUUCCAGAUCUUGCAAGCUGGUUCUCCGAUAUCCCUGAUAUUCCCUGA